UCCGAAUUUCAUGCGCAUGUAAAGGGCAUAAUAAACAUUUGCCUUCGCAACUUCUGUUGACACCCCUUCUCGAAAGUUGCAUAGACAGAUUCAUACCUUCGUUGGACACUUUCAAAGACAGUUGCGCAUCAUGGAGGGUACCAAGUUCUCGCUCGCAGGCCGCGGAUUAAAACUCGACACCAAAGAAGACAUCGAAAAGCACAUUCAGCCACUUAUUGAAUCGUCCACGGUCACCCACAUCGACCUUUCGGGAAACACGCUGGGCGUGGCCGCGUGUGCCGCGCUCGCUCCCAUAUUAGCCUCCAAGUCGACUCUGGAGAGCGCCGAUCUGCACGAUAUCUUCACGUCCAGACUACUCGAGGAAAUCCCUCCUGCUCUUUCGUCCCUGCUGACCGCCUUGUUGGAAUGUCCCAACCUACACACGAUCGAUCUGAGCGAUAAUGCCUUCGGACUCAAUACCAAGGAACCUCUAGUCGAUUUUCUGUCCAAACACACCCCGCUAAAGCAUCUUAUCUUGAACAAUAAUGGCAUGGGCCCCAUUGCGGGAACGUCGAUCGCCGAAGCAUUGGUGACACUGGCCGAGCGAAAAGAUUCCGCUAGAAAAGAAGGCAAGGAUGUCCCGUAUCUGGAGAGCAUCGUCUGCGGCAGGAAUCGGUUGGAAAAUGGCAGCAUGGCGGCGUGGGCAAAGGCAUACGAGGCACACAAAACUGGCAUCAAGAGUGUCAAAAUGACGCAGAACGGUAUCCGGCCAGAGGGUAUCUCGCACCUGAUUUCCUCGGGUUUAUCCAUCUGCAGUAACCUUGAGGUCCUCGACAUGCAAGACAAUACAUUUACACUCAAGGGAGCCCAGGCUCUGGCAAAAGCCAUCAAGGGCUGGUCUGGAUUGAAGGAACUGGGCGUUGGCGAUGAUCUGCUGGGCGGGAGAGGUGCAACCAAGGUUUUUGAGGCGCUCACCUCGGGUAACAAUAAAGCCAUCGAGAUUCUCAGGUUGCAGUACAACGAUAUUCAUCCGGCUGGUCUCAAAGCUCUCCUACAAGCUGCUCAGGAUGGUCUUCCCAAACUGCGGCGAGUGGAACUGAAUGGCAACAAGUUCGAGGAAGAUGAUCCAUCAGUGGAGGCUUUGGCUAGCCUUCUGAGCGAUCGACAGGAUGAGGGAGGCAAGCAUGACGAUCCCGUGGACCACUGGGGUCUAGACGAUCUGGAUGAGCUGGAGGGAGAAGACAGCGAGGUGGAGGAAGAAGGCGAAGAGGCCGAGGAGGAAGAAGAGGAAGAGGAAGAAAGAGAGAAGCUCGUCAAGCAGGACGAAGAAGUGGAAGAUCUGAACGUUCCAUUGAAGAAGGACGCGGAAGUGGACAAGUUGGCAGAGGCGCUCGACAAGACUCUUUGAACCAGUCUAUUGCCUUGCCUCCCGAACGAGGCCCAAUUGAUGUAAAUCAGGUGUACAGCACAUACUUGGAUUUGUUGUGAGCGAUACCCCUUGAAAGAAUUCAGCGUCAAUAUUGUCUUGUUUGAAGCCCGGCUUGGACCGCAGCAUGUAAAGAUUGUUUAUUUGGCGUCCUCCCAAUGGAGGCCUCAGGAUUCCUUAUUCGAGGCCUGUGACGGUGGACCAAGAUGCCAAUUCCGGACCAUGGGAGCUGCCGCCGUUGCAGAUUGAGGUCCACGAAACCAGCUCCUGGGGCGCCGGUUAGUUCUAAUCCGGAAUGGGAGGAACCUGCCAUUGUCCGAAGCAAACCGCAGGGCAGAGCCGAUGCUUCUUGUUCAUGUAAAUCAAGUCCGCUUCGACACUGAAUUCAAACAGGCAGGUUCCGUAGCAUCGCUGAAUCGUGGGGCUCUGGAACAUCGCAGGAGUGAACAGAGGCUCUCUAAGAAUACGGAGGCAAUGGACCUGGGCUCGUCACUCUCAAAGUAAAGCUCGUGUCUUCCAUGCUUGGAGGUUCAGAGCCUUGUCUCCCAAAUGUCGACGCCAUACUCUCGCCCGACGCCAAAGGUGUACUGUUACUUGCCAGCGUACAUUGACCUAGCUAGCAUAGAUCUGUAACAACCUAUCUUCAGCACCAUCUAGGACACUCCAAUGCUCGAGUACCUCCA